GGCCCAACAAAGAAGCAGCUUCCUCCUUGUACUCGUACGCGGCGGCGGCGGCGAGGUCUCUGGGACCGGGCGGCGGCGUGCGCCCAUGCGGCGCUCCUCCUCGUACUCGUACGCCUCCUCCAGGAGCACUUCCGUUCCCGCGCCGCCUCUUCCAGGUGCACGCGCUGCUCCUUGACCCACAGUGCUCUCUCCCACUCCGGCCAGCCCAUCUCUCCCUCCGCGGCCAGCAGCUUUCUCUUCCAGUCCGGCCAGCGAGCCCCUGCGCAUCCACUUCCAGGCGUAGCAGCGGCGUGUAGGGACUCCGCUCGUGGCGGCCGGCGGCGGCGGCAUUCUGCCAUUGCCAACUACUCACAUAAUCCCAGGCGCUGGCCUCUCGCAUGCACGAGCACAAGCUAUGCUCAGGCACCUAACCAACAACCCAUUGCUCUCGCGCCGAUGCCACCGCAUGUUCCAUCACAACCGGCUCUGUACCACCGCCACAUCCUCGGCGGCCGCCGGUGAGAUCGCGCCGGAUCCCGCCGCAUACGAGACUACCGUUGGCGUUGAAUAUGACCUCGCGCAGGAGUUGCGCAGCCACCUCGUGCGCGACACCUGCAGGCUGCUCGAGCUCCGGGACUCGUGGAGCGCCAAGCUGGAGGCGCAGCUCCGGCACUUCCUCCGCGCGCUGACGCCAUCGCAGGUCCGCGCCGUGCUGCGCGCGCAGGCGCAGCGGGACGCCCGCGCUGCGUUCGAGUUCUUUCGCUGGGCCGACCGCCAGUGGAAAUACCGUCACGCCCCGGAGGUGUUCGACGAAAUGCUGGCGCUCCUCAGCCGCACCAGGCUCCACGACCCGGCGCGCCGCGUCGUGCGCCUCAUGAUCCGGCGUGGUAUACGCCGGGGCACGCGGCAGUUUGCACACCUCAUGCUCUCGUACAGCCGCGCCGGGAAGCUCCGCUCCGCCAUGCGCGUGCUCCAGCUCAUGCAGAAAGAUGGGUGCGCGCCCGACAUAUGUAUAUGCAACGUGGCUGUGAACGUGCUUGUUGUGGCCGGACGUGUUGACAAGGCGCUCGAGUUUGCGGAAAGGAUGAGGCGUGUUGGGGUCGAUCCGGACGUGGUCACAUACAAUUGCCUAAUCAAGGGAUUAUGCGGUGCUCGGCGGAUUGUUGAGGCAUUGGAGAUGAUUGGCUCAAUGCUGCAAAAUGGGUGCCCGCCAGAUAAGAUUAGCUACUUUACAGUGAUGAGCUUCUUGUGUAAGGAGAAAAGGGUGGCAGAGGUGUGGAAUUUGCUCGAGAGGAUGAGGAAUGAUGCAGGUAUAUUUCCUGAUCAGAUCACGUAUAACAUGCUUAUUCAUGGCCUUGCAAAGCAUGGUCAUGCAGAUGAGGCGUUGACUUUCUUGAGGGAGUCAGAGGGGAAAAGAUUCCGUGUUGAUCAGGUUGGCUAUAGUGCGAUUGUGCAUUCGUUUUGCUUGAAUGGUAGGAUGUCAGAGGCAAAGGAAAUUAUAGGCGAGAUGAUUUCAAAGGGGUGCCGCCCUGAUGUUGUAACUUAUAGUGCGGUUGUAGAUGGAUUCUGCCGGAUUGGGGAACUCGAUCAAGCAAGAAAGAUGAUGAAGCAUAUGUAUAAGAAUGGUUGCAAGCCAAAUACAGUCACACAUACUGCACUGUUAAAUGGGCUUUGCAAAGUUGGGAAAUCUUCAGAAGCAUGGGAACUGCUAAACAAGAGCGAAGAAGAGUGGUGGACUCCAAGUGGUAUCACAUACAGUGUUAUUAUGCAUGGAUUUCGGAGGGAAGGGAAGCUAGUGGAAUCAUGUGAUGUGGUAAUGCAGAUGUUGCAGAAGGGUUUCUUCCCCACGGCUGUGGAGAUUAACUUGUUGAUUCACGCGCUAUGCAAGGAACAAAAACCAGCACGUGCCAAAGACUUCAUGGAGCAGUGCCAAAGCAAGGGCUGCUUUAUUAAUGUUGUUAAUUUCACAACUGUAAUCCAUGGAUUUUCUCGGCAGGGUGAUCUGGAAUCAGCACUAUCUUUACUGGAUGACAUGUAUCUCACCAACAGGCAUCCUGAUGUUGUUACAUACACUGUUGUUGUUGAUGCUUUAGGAAGGAAAGGUAAAAUGAAAGAAGCAACAGCGCUUGUAGAGAAAAUGCUUAACAGAGGUUUGCUCCCUACACCUGUCACAUACAGGACUGUGAUACAUAGGUAUUGUGAAAAGGGUGCGGUGGAAGAUUUACUCAAUCUGCUGGAUAAGAUGUUAACAAAACAAGGGUUUAGUAGUGCAUAUAAUCAGGUCAUCGAAAAGCUAUGUGCAUUUGGUAAACUUAGUGAGGCUUACAAUCUGCUCAGCAAGGUACUAAGAAGUGCCUCAAAAAGAGAUGCUCAAACAUGCCACAUUUUGAUGGAUAGUUUUCUGAACAGAGGACUCCCACUUCAAUCAUAUAAUGUGGCCUGCCGCAUGUUCCAGAGAAAUUUAAUUCCUGAUCUUAAAUUAUGUCAAAAGGUUGACAGUCAGUUGGCCCUAGUGGGUGAGAGACAUGCUGCUGGAAAGCUUAUCACGAAGUUUCUUGAAAGAGAUUGCAGGUGUUGCGAUGGAUUGCGGUCCCCCCAUCCCCCACUAGCAUAAUAGCUAGCCAAGUACUGUACUACGGAUUGCUGAUUUCCCUGCCCCGUCAUGAUACCUUGCAGCAUGGAGUACUGGCCUGACCCACAGCGGGGGAUCAAGGAAGCAUACAGGGUCUUGAGGCUCGUUGGGCUAGCUAGCUUACGUGAUUGGCCCGAUGUACCCACCCUUCUGGCUACCCCGCUUCUUCGCCGACAUGUGGGUGCUCUUCCCCAAGGAGGAAGAGUACAUCGAGUCGUUCAAGAAGGCUGGGUUUAAGGAUGUCAAGCUGAAAAAGGAUCGGACCGAAGUGGUACCGUGGUGUCUGAAGGCAUGGCCUCAUCAUGGGUUGCUCUGUCACAGGCGUCAAGAGAGAGCGUGGAGACUCUCCCUUGGAGCUCGGCCCCAAGUUGGAGGAUCUCAGCAAGCCAGUGAAUCCGAUCACCUUCCUCGCUUCCUUGUAGGAACAAUAUGUGCAUCACACUAUGUUCUGUGCCUAUUUACAUGUGGAUAAAGGACCAGGUCGUGCCAAAAGGCAUGCCAAUCUGAGUGGGAAGGGGAAUGAGCUGCAUGGAAGAGAGGAUAGCCAACAUCUGAAUUAGUCUUCUCUAUAUUAGGCACUUCUUGUGUGUUUUGUAUUAGUACCUCUUGUUUUCCUACUGCUAUGUACUCCUUGUACUGUUGUUCCUGUUUAUGGGAAUUGAUAAUACCAAGACACGGAUAUUAUCCAGUUUCUUGAGCAUGACUGCUUGCAGUGGAACCUCCGUAGCAGAUUAUCGGAUUUGAAUUACAUGGUGUACAACUGUACAAUUUGGUUAGUUAAAUUAUAUGAAUGUAUAAUUUAGUCGGUUCCUGGCUCUGCAAAAUUCCUUCUUUCCCUUUAUCAUUAGUACGAUUUCUAAGACCUGUUUUGUUACUCUAUGGUCUAUGCUCUAUCUUUGUUACCCUUGUUGGGUUUCAUUUCAUCUCUAGCUUAACCCAGCUUACUUAUAACUAGAAGUCUUUGGUGUUGUUAUUCUUGCUAUGCUAAGUGGUACAGAGAGAUAGUGUCUGAUAGCUAUGCAUAAAGAGCAUGUCUUGUUGGAUGCUACCUGAUUUGUGGUUUUUUUUUAAAUAAAUAAAUAAAUAAAUAAAAUGUUCUAUUGCAUGUCAUAUAUGCUUGUAAAAACCAAAUUGCUCUAACAACUCAAAUCAUAGGUCGUCAUUUUAUUAAGGUGCUGCUGCUGAUGCUCAUUUUCCGAUCUACUGCUGCAUUUGAACCAAAUUUGGCCGUGUAAUAUUUCUACGAAUUAUCAGUUCUUACAUAUUUUCUGUAUAUGGCUAGAUACAUUCAUGAUAAACAGCCAGAUAUUUAGGUCUUUACACAAUUCAAGCAGUUAUUUUGUGUUCCACUCCUAUGAUAAAAUUUUGCGUCAUGCUGAUGCAAUGAUGUUCCGAGAUUUGAUGCUGUUAAGACUUCCUCUAAAACUGCAUUUGCUCGGUGGAAGCGGGUCUAUGUGAUGCACCAUAAGAUGCAACAUUGAAAAGAACCGCUUCUAAGUUAUGUCUUCCUGUGGGCCAGUUUAGAUGCAUAUGCAUCAAUGCACACCCUCUUAUGCAAAUACAUGUUUCUGUGUGAUUACUGCUGUCUUUACCGAUCCUGAUUGAAACUAGUGCGUUCCAAUUACUAUAUUUGCCUUUCACAGAAUUAUUAAGAUCUCUGAAAGAUACCCAUGCUCACGCUCUGUAAAUUGUAUGUGCAGGAAAUUUAUAGCCUAAUGUUAGGUCCUGAUUGCAUAUCUAUUGGAUUUGGUUCUGUGACAGAGUAAUUUUUUUAUAUAGUGAUGGCAAGCACAAGUGUGCGUGUUCGGCUGCUGCUCGAGCCCCUGUUGCUUCCAUAGCUGCUCAUGGAGGAAAAGGUGGCUGGACGUUAUGGCUCACUGUUUUUCUUUAGAUGUCCUAUUUGGCUCUGGUGGACAGACCAAGAAGAAAAUUAUUAAUCCUUCUAGUUUUCUGUUUCAUCCGGUUCAUAUUUUAGACAGCUUUAUGUUUAAUAAAAUCAUAGCUUGAAGCGUU